UGUUUCACUAGAUGUUAAGGGUUUAAGAUUUAGGGAAUUAUGCAAAACACACUUGCAGUGCUGAGCUUAAUUCUGUGUGUGUAUGUGUGUGUGUGUGUGUGUGUGUGUGUGUGUGUGUGUGUGUAUGGUGGGGUCCCUCCCCAUUUAUUUGAGGGUGGAGUUGAACGCUUGAAAACAGGAAAAAUUCACAGGAGACUGAGCAAGCGGCUUCAGAUAUCGAUCAGGCCACAGCUCCAGGACCAUGCGUUUUCUUAAAAUAACUUUUGAGAACUGAGUGCAAAAAUAUGCGAGUGGCACAGUCGCUUUGUGCAUUUAUAGACAAAUGCAUAUCGCGGAGCUCCUUCACACAUCCACCAGCCACACUGCGAGCCCUUCAGCUGCUCACAGCCUUCCAAAAAUACUUCCCUGAUGCACUAACAAUCUGCAACUGUGCAAGGAAAUGCCCUGCAACAGACCUUCUAAACGUUGCCUAUUGUGCGGUGUACAAGCACGAAAGCUGUUCGUGCAGAAUCUUACCCCCUUCUAAACGCUAAAAGCUCCCUCACUAGCGCCUUUGUUUAGCACAAAUACUCAAAACUUUAUUAAAAACAGCUUUCAAAAGGAGAUUUAUAAACUAGGCACCAGCAAAGUUGAGAGUGGAAAAUAAAUCGUAUAGCUUUAACCCACAGAAGUUAAAAGCCUUUUUUUUUUUUUUUUUUUGGUUAGCUAACAAUGGAAACUUUUUUUUUUUUUAAAGUGUUUCCCUCCCUCGGUCUUGCCAAGCAAUAGAAAAAAAAAAAAAAAAAAAAAAAGAAGAAAAGAAAAACUUGUUCCGCUGAGUUCAACCCCAGACAGGCUCACAACUUCCUUCCUGCUUUCCUCCCCCAAGCCCCCGCCUUUCUGCCUCCUCCCCAACCCCCAACUUUUUUUUUUUUUUUUUUAAAUCUUACAUUGAACAAACACUGAAGUAGCCGGGAGCAGACGCUGACAGCGGUCGUAUCUCCAACCAAGCAAGAAGCCGCGCAGGGUCGGCCUGGCGUUGGCCCCUCCGGGAUCGUCUGGCCCCUGCGCCGGAACAUUCUCCCUUCUUGCACCUCACUUUUUUCUCCUUCCAUAAGUUGUUGCGGAAAUCCCUUGGGGACGUUUUUUUUUUUUUUUUUGCUUUAAGCCACCUGGUCUGUGGGAGCCCCGAGUCCCUGAGGCAUGUCGCCGGCACGGGACCUGGGAGUUUGAGCAAUUGCAGGUAAGCGUGGCGGCUCCUUCCCGGCCCUUGCUUCGGAGCCCUCUUUCCGCUCCAUCUGUGCUGGGCUGCUCUGGGUGUUCCGGGGUCCGAACGCAGCGCAGAGGGGAGGGCGUUCGGUUUGGGAGUGUGGCGUGGAGCGACUCUGGGGGCAGCGGAGGCGAGCCGCCUCUCUCACCGCCUUCCGGGCCGCCGCGCCGCCUCCCCGGCGCGCUGCGGGCGUCCGGGGCUCGGAGUGCCGGGCGGGCCCUGCCCUCGGCCGCACCGCUCCGGGGGGCUUAGCUGUCGGACUCGGCGGGGCUGCAGAUUCUCAGGCCUGUAAGCUCGGGAGGCCUCCGGGCUGCAGCCGCGCGAGCAAGCCGGGAGUUCCUCGGGGGGUGUGGGUCCCGGAGCCUGCGGGGUUAGCUGGGUCCUUGCUGAGAGGAUGCACGCAGGACGGAGAGGCUGCGGGCAUGCACGGCCCCCUUCCACCCCCUACACACACACACGCACACACACACACACACGCUGCAGGGGGUGAGGGGACCGUAGGGGGCCUCCAGUAUCGAUUCCGGUACAGGAUACUGCGGAGUUUUGGUCCCGGGCGCGCGCGCCUGCGUGCGCGCGCCUGAGCCCACUUUCACAAAACACACUUGUUUGGAGACGGACAGGCAUCAAGCUAAGUGCUUAAAAGUGCCCUGCGCUCUCCCAGGCCUUUCAUAGGCCGAGAGACACAGCCCUAAGCCCCAGGGUCGGGAAAGAAAACGGCGGGCACCUAAGCGCCCUUCCAGGUCUUGGCUCAAGCAGCGGUUUGGGGAAGGCAGCCUCGAGAUUGUUUAUGGAGCUUGGGGCGGGGGCCGAGCCCGCAGUAGUGGCCCUCGCCCGCCGCCUAGGCCAUGCUGCUCCCUUGGCGCGCGGAGCCGCGGCCGCCGGGCCUCCGGGACUAAGCCGGCAGCCGCGGGAGGAGGAGGCGCCGACGGCGGAGCGGGACGGAGAGCCGCGGCGGCGGGCGGACUCAGUACUAUGGCUGUGUACUGCUAUGCCCUCAACAGCCUGGUGAUCAUGAACAGCUCCAACGAGCUCAAGAGUGGCGGCCCCCGGCCCAGCGGCAGCGAGACGCCUCAAGCCUCCGGGAGGGCCGCGCUGAGCCCCGGCAGCGUCUUCAGCCCCGGGAGAGGCGCCUCCUUCCUCUUCCCCCCGGCAGAGUCACUGUCGCCGGAGGAGCCCCGGAGCCCUGGGGCUUGGCGCAGCGGCCGGCGCAGGCUGAAUAGUAGCAGCGACAGUGGCGGUGGCAGCAGCAGCAGCAGCAGCGGCGUGAGCAGUCCCAGUUGGCCUGGCCGCCUGCGAGGGGACGCGCAGCAGGUGGUGGCGGCUCGCACCCUCUCCCCACCCGGGCCGGAGGAGGCCCAGAGGAAGCUGCGGAUUCUGCAGCGCGAAUUGCAGAACGUGCAGGUGAACCAGAAAGUGGGCAUGUUUGAGGCGCAGAUUCAGGCCCAGAGCUCUGCCGUCCAAGUGCCCCGAAGCCCGCGUUUGGGCAGGGCUCGUUCGCCCUCCCCGUGCCCCCUCAGAAGCAGCAGCCAGCCCCCCGGAAGGGUUUUGGCUCAGUGCGCCCCAAGUGAGGAACGGAGGACAAAGUCCUGGGGAGAACAAUGUACAGAGACCCCAGACGCCAGCUCCGAGAGGAGAAGCAGACUCAGCACACAUCCGUCGAAGGACAGGGAGGGAGUGGCCCCUCUUUUAGUCCCAGCCAGCCCGACCAGGUUAGGGAUUCAGGGUCCAUGUGCUUCAGUGAGGCUGGAGAGGGCUACUCCGGCCAGUCCUCGCUGUGGCUCACCCACAGCCAUGGAAAUCAACAAGAGGGUCGCUCCCUCACUGGAGGGCUUUGGAACUAGCUUAGCAUUGGCCACUAAAAUGGCAGCUUCAGCCGCAUCCGCAGGACCACACCCUGGACAUGAUUCUGCCCCCAUGGAAGCAGCCUGCGAGCUCGGGGGUAUGCGCCCCUGGGAGGCCCAGAUCGAGAGAUGGGGCCAGUUUCCGGACAGGGAGACAGGCUCAGCCCCAGAGCUUGGCCGGACCCACAUUAGGGAACCCCCUGGGAGAGGGGGAAGAGGAAUUCAUUCUGUUGGUGGUCAGGGCUCCCGGACACCUGAAGUCAUCAAAAGGCCAGAAGAGAGGACUGUGAAUUCCCAGAGCUCAGAGCCCUUGGAGGACCCGAGAUGGUCUAGGCUGCCUGGAGACCCGGGCGCCGUAGGUCCUGAGGAGGCAGGAAGUGGACCCCAGCAGACCCUGGACAUUGUGAGAGGGGAGUCUCCAGCACUGGGCUUGCCCGGCGGCAGCCAGGCAGCACAGCCAGGGACCAAGGAUGUGGAUGCAGGGAUUCACUGUGGCAGAAUGCUGGAACCUUUACCACCUGGGGUGGUAGCAAAAGAUUUGAAAGGACCCCAGUGCCUCCCCGGGGACAGGAUGGGUGUGCAGCCUGAAAGCCCCAUGGUUUGGCAGAGUGCCGGGGAGGAGGCCCCCACGAUCUGGACGUGUGACACAGGGGUACAGUUGAAGGGGGCUUGGGGAAGCCAGCUGCAUGACAGAGAUACUCACCCUAGCUGCCAAGAGAUGCUUCCAGACCAGAAGGACAAGGCCUCCUUAAAAGAGGCUUGCAGCUCCAGCAACAUCCCGUCCAUCCCUUCAGUCAUCAUCACAGACAUGGGUGCUCAGGAGGAUGGGGGCUUAGAGGAGAUCCAAGGAAGCCCUCGGGGUCCCCUGCCUCUGAGGAAGCUGUCAUCCUCCUCUGCCUCCUCCACUGGCUUCUCCUCUUCCUAUGAGGACUCAGAGGAGGACAUCUCCAGCGACCCUGAGCGUACCCUGGACCCCAACUCAGCCUUUUUGCAUACCCUGGACCAGCAGAAGCCCAGAGUGAGCAAGUCAUGGAGGAAGAUAAAGAAUAUGGUGCACUGGUCCCCCUUUGUCAUGUCCUUCAAGAAGAAGUACCCCUGGAUCCAGCUGGCCGGACAUGCAGGGAGCUUCAAGGCAGCUGCCAAUGGCCGCAUCCUAAAGAAGCACUGUGAGUCUGAACAGCGCUGCCUGGACCGGCUGAUGGCCGAUGUGCUGAGACCCUUCGUGCCAGCCUACCACGGGGACGUGGUGAAGGACGGGGAGCGCUACAACCAGAUGGACGACCUGCUGGCCGACUUCGACUCGCCUUGCGUGAUGGACUGCAAGAUGGGCGUCAGGACAUACCUGGAGGAAGAACUCACCAAGGCCCGGAAGAAGCCUAGCUUGCGGAAGGACAUGUACCAGAAGAUGGUUGAGGUGGACCCCGAGGCCCCCACUGAGGAGGAAAAAGCCCAGCGAGCUGUGACCAAACCACGUUACAUGCAGUGGCGGGAAACUAUCAGCUCCACAGCUACCCUGGGCUUCAGGAUCGAGGGCAUCAAGAAGGAAGAUGGCUCUGUGAACCGAGACUUCAAGAAGACCAAGACGAGGGAGCAGGUCACCGAGGCCUUCAGAGAGUUCACAAAAGGAAACCGGAACAUCCUGAUCGCCUACCGGGACCGGCUGAAGGCCAUUCGUGAAACCCUGGAAGUCUCUCCCUUCUUCAAAUGCCACGAGGUCAUUGGCAGCUCCCUCCUCUUCAUCCACGACAAGAAGGAGCAAGCCAAGGUGUGGAUGAUUGACUUUGGGAAGACCACACCCCUACCAGAAGGCCAAACCCUACAACACGAUGUCCCCUGGCAGGAGGGGAACCGGGAGGAUGGUUACCUCUCAGGGCUGAACAACCUCAUCGACAUCCUGACAGAAAUGUCCCAGGAAAGCCCACUCACCUGAGGCCACUGCCACUUCGCCUACCCAUGCCACCUCGCCUGCCACCUCUGCCUCUCGAAUCUCUCUUGCUGCCCCUAAUUCUUCCUUCAUUCCUGCCUGGGCGCCCACCUAGAAUAGAGCCUCCCAUCUGCAGUACAGGACUCCUUGGAGAAGAAAGACAUUUUCUAGGUCUUCCCUGCCCCCUUUCCUACAAAAGGGCCUGGAGGUGGUGUUUCUAAUUCUCUCUAAAUAGAAGCUAUCUUCUGGAAGAGAAUUACACAGAGCUAGGCCCAGCAUCCUGUAUAGUCAGUUGGACUUAAAGCCAGCAUGGAUCGAGAAGGCCUUGGGUUCCCUGGCUGCUGAGAGUCUUAAGAGAUUGAGCUUUGCCUCCCUCUGGGAGAACCCCCCACUCCAGGAAGUUCAGGGCCAGGCUGGCCACUAGUGGAACCCUGAUGCCCCCUAGUGGCCGGUGCUAUCCGUAUGCACAGCCCCAUUUGUGUCUUGCUCCACGGGCCCUGAAGCCAGGCCAGGGUCCUAAUUUCUGGGAGUUUGGAACACAGCCUCUGGGGAUCUGCAUGUGGCUUACGAGCAAAUACCCCUCCAGUGAGAAGCCCCAGCCUCCAGGGUCACCGUGUGGCCUUUCUAGAGAUGCUAACACAGGACACCGUCUUGCCGGUGUUAAAUGUUUGAGGUUCAGGCCAGGCUAGAAGGAAUACAGGGAUCAGCGCUGCCCCUGAAUUCCUAGGGGACAUUCUGCAAAGCUGAGCUCUCCAGGGGUGACGCCUCUGCUUGCUGCCUUGCUCUGCCCUGCUAGGGAAAUGUCCAGAGCUGGGUAGAAUCCUCAAGGCCCACACCAACCUCCAGGGAUCUGCAGCAGCUCUGAGAGCCUGCCACACCCAGGGAGGAGACUGCUCUCUUCCCGUUCAAAUCCUUGGCAGGCAGGCAGGAAGCCCUGCCACGGAACCUGGAGCCCCUCCGUGGGCAAGCCGAACAGUCUGGGCUGCACUGAGCCUUAGGAAAGCAGGAUUAGGGCUUCCUGGAGUGAUUCCUAAAUCUCCCUGGAAAUCCUCUCUUGAAGGACUUAGACCAGCGUUUCUCCGUGUCAUAUGGGUAGUCCCCAGGGUUCGGAGGGGUACCCAGGGCUGCCCCAAGCCUUCUCCUUCCUGGAGUCCUAGGUUUCUUGAAGGGCCAUGGGGGGGGUGCCCUUUGGAGCUCUCCUCUGCGCCUCUGGGCCUGUCACCUCCUCUGUGACUGAGACACUCGGAGUCACACGUACAGAUGUUCUUCUGGGUACCAGGCCAGUGGGCACUGCUUAGGGACCAAGAGAAAUGGGGGUAGACCAAGGUGUACACAGGUGGCAGGAUGCACUUUGAGCAGGGGUGGUCGUCUUGGCCACCUACCCCAGCUCCCUGGGCUUCCUAGAAGAAACUGUUGGCUCAUGUGACACGUGUGUUUCCCCUUUCAUGCUGGGUGGGUGAGUGACAGUUGGUGGAGGCGGGGGGUGGGACCCAUGAGGAUGUAUAAGUACAGAUUUUAAAAAAGGAACUCUUUUAAACUUCCUGGCUCCUGUUCAGAUCGGUGGGUGAGCUCCUGUGUGGGCUGGCUUGCUAAAGGCCAUGACCCCUGCCCCCCAUCAGCAAGUCCAGACCUUGUGACAGCAUGUGAUAUGUGUGUGUGGGGGAACAGGCAGCCUGGAGUUGGGGAGAGCAGUAGCAACUGGGCAGCCAGCUCUGGGACUCUCCAGCUGUAGUUAGUUGCUUGAGGGCUUGAGGGGGACCAUUCAUUCCAAGAGUCUACAGCUAUGAUCUGGCCAAAAGUUCCCUCCUGCUAUCUCAGAAAAACGUUUGCCAAAGCAAACUAUGCUAAGAACAAAAACGCCAGGGGCCAGUUUCGUGCAUAUAAGAGAACAAAAUUUGCUGAGCACUUUAGGAAGGUGCCGCCUGUCACGGUAAUGUGCUAAGAUGCUGUGACUGGGGGCCAGUUAGCAAUAGCCUUGGGACGAUGCCGGGCAGUGCCUUGCGGGAAAGAGGCGUGGAAAGGUGUCUUUCUGGGGUUCUGUUGCCAGGGUGCUUUGCUCAGUUGGGUUUUUGUAUUUACCAUGCUAGCACCCACACUGUAGCUUCUCAACCCACCUCCAUGCUGCCAGAGGCCCUUCCUUCCUGCCCCACUGGGAUGGACAGAGCUCAGAUGGAGUUUCCCAAAACCUCUGGCAGUCCGAUAAGCCAUGUUCACAGACCUGGUGGAGACUCCCAAGGUCCCGGCCACACAGGUGCUGGGACAUGGGCCCUAUGUGCAUGUACCUAUGUUCAGGGUCCACAGGGCCCUCCUGCUCUUGGGCCACCAGAUUUCUUGGGGGUCAGCCCUGCUUUGCACACUCCGAAGGCUGCUUCAACCGCUUUCCCCAGACUAGACUGUAAUGCCCUUUAGGAAGUUGUUUAAGUUAUAUUUAUUUUGUUUUUUUGUUGUUGUUUUAAUUGCACAAAACACUAAGAUGGAAGGCUAGGCUGUUCUUCCUGAGCUCUGCCUGUCUUCUGGGGCCUCUCCUUCGUGUCCAGAGGAGCCCUGAGCAGCUGUGGCCCCAAGACAGACACUGUUCACCUUUGGCCGGCUAUGUUUAGCUUCGAGAUUGCCUGUAUUCUGCCAGCCCUGUGUGUAUAGGCCCCACCCCCUGCUCCAGGGUGCUCGCCCACCAGUGCCUUCUGGGGAGGAGAGAACCCUCCCACACCCUGACAGGCUCCCGUCCUCUCUACCCCCCCCCCCCCCCAGGAUUGUUACAUCCCCAUGACCCUGUGCCCUGUCAGUCAACUGUAGAUGCUAUCUCCCUAAUAAACGCUUUGGAGAUCAUGA